AGUCAUAACAUAAGACUGCAGGUAACCAAGCUGCUAGUGAAUUCCACGCGAGUUGCCGGGACAGGCAGUGCCAAGAGUAACUAAUAGAAUUUGAUUCAGUGGCCGGUCAAAAUGAAACUGCAACGCUUACUUUUAGCUGUGGGAUGCAUUUUGGCGCUCUUGCUAGCACAUUCCUGUCGAACAACGGAGGCACGCCACUUAAUAUUCUACAGUCCACACAGCAAAACAUUAACCGGUCAGCUGCUCAUCUCCCAACGCGUGAAGCGACCCUGUCCGGCAGGGAAAAUGCGCGAUCAUCGUGAUCGCUGCCGACGUGCUGUCAUCUUCGCGAGAAACAAGUGAGAAAAAAUGUGACUGAAGGCAGUCACAAAAGUCUCUUCUUACCUGAGAAGCAAUUUUUUCCAUAGAUGUUAAUGUUUAUUUAUUGCCAUUAAGUUAUAGUUAUGUAGCUGGUUUGUUUUUAAUAUUUAUUAAUUCCCUUAAUAUAUACAUUCGUAAAAACAGUUAUAAGCAAUGUAAAAGUUAAGUUCGUGCAUGUAUUUGCACGUGAACAAAUAAAAGUAAUUUAUACGUAAAUGAUUUAUGCACAA